AUGGCCUCCCUCAGCGUGGGCUCCAUCAACGACAAGGUCCACUUCUCCGGCUCCAAUAUCAAGCAGGCCCUCAAGGAAUGCGAGAAGAAGCUCCAGAAGCGGCCCAAGGACCCCUACCUGCUCUAUUGGAAGGCCUCCGUCUACCUCAAGUUCGGCCGCGAUGACGAGGCCUUCGACCAGUUGGCCCGCCUGGCCGAGAGCACCCCCGCCAUCACCGACCAGGACCUGCUGAGGGCCAUCUACUUCCGCCUGGGCGAGCGCGCGAGCACCGCCGAUAAGCGCAAAGCCCUGUGGCAGAAUGCUUUCAAGGCCACCAACGAUGGCAACGUGCUGGUCACGUGGUUCGAGAGUGCCGCCUCCAUGGAUGACUGGCAAGACGCCCAAGUGGCCAUGGUCACGCUGAAGAACAAGUACCCCAAGGAUGAGCAGUACAUAUUUGCGCUUCCUGCUGUCCAGCAGCUGGCCGGAGAUGCGUUGGACGGCAAGGACGACAGGAAUGCCAAAUUCAUGCGCAUGCUUGCCUCCAAGACGCUUUCCGUGGCUACUGCGAAAGGCAUGAAGGGCGAAAAGACCGUCGACGCCGUCACCACCCGCCGCGAGCUCCGGCUCGUGCUUCAGAUCUACCGGAAGCAGGGUAUGCUGAAGGAGAUGCUGGAGAUUCUUGACCAUCCAGUUGUCGGCAUCUUCUCGCCCCUUGUGGUCUGCGACCUCGCCUUCGUUCGCACCAAGCUGGAGGUUCUGGAGGAGGCGGCCAUGUGGCAACACCUGUGGGACUUCUGCACCGCUGCCCUCAAGCAAACUCACACUCCCGACGAAGCGGCAAAGACAUCGUAUUCCCUGUGGCCCCACGACUAUGCGCUAUGGCGAGCGCUUCACCUCUCACACCGCGAGCUAACACGCCAAGCGGCUUCGGAUGCUGGGCUCACGGGUGACAUGAACAAAGAACUUGACGAAAUCCAUGAAAAGUACGCUGAUGAGAAUCUCCGCGUUCGCCUGCUGCCGAAGGCAUCGGUGUCGUCCAAGGAUGAUGACGAGUUGUUCAAGAACUGCACUGCCUAUAUCCUGGUGUUUUCCAAGGAGCAGUGCUGUUUUGAGGACGUGUCGCCCUAUGUCGAGAGACUCGACAGCACCAGUCAGUCCAAGUUCUUGGAUUGGUGCUCCAACUUGGCCGAGGAUCAAAAUCAGACAAUCCAAGAAGGAGCUCCGAAACAACAAGCGCAAGCACUUCGGACAAAGGCGAACAUACUGAAACUGGAAUACCAGCUGGCACUGUCCAGGGAUCAGAAGGCUACCAAGGAGCAGCUGGAAGAGUUCGUGGUCAAGUCUCUCGACAUUCACCAACUCGCCAAGGGUAAGGAUGUUGCAACUUGCGAGGAUUCUUGUGCACUAGCCACAAUGGCCCUGGUCAAGCUCUUCUACCUCGAGUCAUCCUUGGACUACCUGGUCCAGGCCGAGAUUGUGAUGAAAGAAUUGUUGUCUCACGCCCCGGAAAGCCGUAAAGCAGGACUCCUCCAGGCCCGUCUCGUAGCCUUCUUGGGUAACUUCAGCGAGGCCAUGGAAGCUUGGUCUAGUUUAAAGAUCAAGGAGAUACUGAUGGAGACACUCAGCCACCACAUGUUCACCCGGAUGGCCAUCACUCACCCGUUCUACUACCGCUCAAAGCAACAUAGCAGAGCCAACAAUGACCCUCUGACGCAACUCGACAGGAUCCUCCAGACGGCCGAUAGGGUUUUGCACACCCUCCAGGCUUUCCUUGGUGCUGAAAUCGACGCUUUGCAGUACGAUAGGCUCUUGGAAAUUCAAGAGCUGAAGAACAACCUCGCCAAGAGUCUGAGCAGGAAAUUCUCUGUUAUCGAAAGACGCAGAACUCUUCGCAUCAGAGGCGAAGCGGUCGAUGACUUGCACUGCGAAGUAUUAGACGACGACCUCGAUGGCCUCGUUGACAACCGCGAUCUGAAGCGCAUGUGGAAUUACGAGCACUCUGCGACGUCUCGUUUCGAGCACCUCCUCUCGUCCGGGCCGCCGCCGGGCCGAUAUUGGCUUGCGCUGCACCUGCUCAUCGACGACACGUGCACGGUCAUCUCGUCUUCGUCGUUAUCGUCGGGUCCCGACAGCAGCCACGCCCGCCGCCUCAACAUCGCCAACGAGAACGUUGAGAAGAUUGCUAAUAACCCGUCCGAGUCGGACCUGGCGGAGCUUACACCCGCCGAGAAGGCACUCAUCCCGGGAUGGGUCAAGCUGCGUGCGCUCGCCAGCAAGUCAUUGACCGGCACUGAUGUCAGCGAUAUAUCAGCUGCCAUCACGGACCUACAAACCUGGCUGUCCCACCUCGUUCAGGAAAAUUCUGGGGUGGAAGAGGCGCUCGAGGCGCUGUCCUUGAACAACAGCAAGGCCAAGCAUAUCCUCCCACUGCAGCACGAUAUUCAAACUCUUUUCCUCAUCGCCGAGUUCCUGCAAGCCUCCACCCGACUCUGUGACGCAGCGACGCGCCUGGCCAAGAACAAAGCGCAGAAGUGGUGGCAGGCGAUUCCCGUCAAGGAGCUUGCCACGCUCAAGGCCAUCGUCGCCGACGUCUUCGUCAAGGCUGUCCGCCAGCCCGCCCUGGACUGGACGAACAGGUUGAGCGAAAACGGUGUCGACAAGCUCGUCGAAGGUGCAAGGAAGGGUCAAACUGGCGAGGCGGUUAUCACACGGGUUUUGGCCACCGAGUCAGGGGAGAAGAAGGAGUGGGUGACGGACGUGGCAGGUUUGCUCGUGCAGGGCGCAACAGACGCGCUGGAUGGGGUGUUGAAGGUCAAGUUGGCGUAG